UGUGGUCCUGGAAUUUUUAGCAGUCAAGUUAACAGAACAUUGACAAACUCUGUAUAAACUUGCAAAAUUCGCCUCCAAGCUCGUCUUAAAUACACUCUCCUUGGUAGUGUCGGGUAUGGCAUUCCUCUGUCCCAUGCGAAUACCAAGACGGCGAAGGAAAAGGAAAGGUGCCGACGAGAAAAAUACUCUACAAAAUGGAGCCCCUAAAAACCGAAUUACCGGCAGCAGCAGCCUCGACUCAUUGGUUGGUAUUGUCAAACAGGAAGACGAGGAUUAUUUUGCUGAUGACCCAAAGAAAAUGGUCGUUACGCACGAUUUUAUUCCUUGCGUCGAUGACGAACUCGCCGUCAAGCGCGGCGAACGAGUUUUAAUGCUUUACCGUCAGAACAACUGGUAUUACAUCAAGAACAGUCGAAACAGUGAGGGAUUUAUUCCGUUUACCAAUUGCAUUGCCGAGGAUGAGUACGAAAAGCGGCAAAACAAGCUCAGCCGGCAAAACAUCAUCCGCAACACAUCAUUCCUUGAUUCUAUGGAUAGCUCUAUUUAUCCCGGCCAAAAAGUGUCUGUAUUUAUGAAGAAAAACUUUGGCGAAUUUGUCGCACUAUGGGACUUCAAUGCUACUGCAGAGGAUGACAUUACUGCAAGCAAGGGGGACGUAGUUACUGUGUUAAACAAAGACGAUCCUGACUGGUACUGGGUGGUGAAGAGAAGCGGGGACGAGGGGUUCAUUCCCAAAGAAUUCAUUAUCCCAGCGGACCAGCUAAGCGUGAAGUGUGCCUCUCAUUCCAGUAAUAGCAGUACUACAACAAGCAGCCAAGACUCACCACACACACCACACCUUACCACGUCAGUACCUUAUGCUCAGAUGGACAACCACACAUCUAAAAACAACCUGUCAUCUAAAGUGAAUCCCCUAGCAACUAGAAAAGAUGCCUUGACAACAAAGUCAAAUGCAUCUGUGUCCUAUAUUGAAAGCUUUGGAGUGGUAGAGACUCCUGGUAGCAUAAAUGCCUUAGCAACCACUAUUGGCAUGGCGACACCCAUAGAUUCCAUGACGAAACAGAUGGACAGCAUGAGUAUCGACACAGUUAAGUAUACCCCCCUAGCUCCCCUGGCAUGCCAACCUGCCACAGCCUCCAGGCUGAAUAGCGCAGGCCGGUCACGACGUAACAGUAAUGACCUCAUGAUAUAUGGCCAAGACUUAGUGUGCACAGAUACCUAUACAGCACAGCAAGACAAUGAACUGACAGUGUUCAAAGGAGACUGGGUUUAUGCGGACAUGCAGCAAAGGGAUGCGCGAGGGUGGAUAUGGGCUUAUUCACCUGCUUCACAUAAGCAGGGCUACGUGCCGAGGGCAUGCCUCAGACCCCCUGCUACCACACCUCUUUAAAUAACCUAUAGAACUCUGUGCGCUGAGAUAGGUGGAUACCACACACUUCUUUUAAGUUAUUCAAAUAUGUUGGAAUGGGCAUACAUCAAGAAAGUCAAACGAAACAUACCAUACGGUUUUCUGGUGUGUGUGUGUGUGUGAUUUUUGCUCAUAAGAAUUUAUAGAACAGAUGGAUGAAAAGCAAUCAGCAUAUAUUGAUCAAUGAUUUGCAUAAGCAAUAAAUAAGAAGUACAAACCAUGGGCAGUUUAUCCCUCUUUCUCAGAAACCUAAUAUUACCUCACCCCUUCCCCAUUUUGAAGAAUAAUGGGUGCUGCAGAGGAGGAUACUGUAGAAAUGAUAGUGUUGGUGGAAAUACCAAAAAUAAAGAUUACUUCACAAAACCA